AUGCUCUUUUUCGUGGUUUAUGGUUCUCGAACGUUCUUUCGAUCUGCCUUCGACCUUUUGGACGACACAGUCUCCGGCCCUCUGGACUACCUCAACCGCACAGGUGAAAGGAUUAUUGACUUCGCGUCCGACUGGUCGACAGGGAAGCGUCAGCCACUCGAUUCCAUUCCGCUGGACCUGACGGCUUUAAAAACGGUGCACAGAACAGCCAUGGACAGUGUUGAACUGGCGCGGGAGUACCAAUUCAAGUACUUUAAAUGGGUGUCCAUUUCAACUUACUGCAUUGGAGGUCUAGGCUUCGUCUUGGUUGCCCUUAUUCUACCCUUCGCAAUCUUUCACUGCUGUAUUCCGUGGUUCCCUUUAAUCCUCUCAUGCCUAUACUGGGUUAGCGGGCUUGUGUUUUCGCUCCUUGGUGUCAUUUUCACUCUGCUGGCGUACGCUUUUUUCAUCGGUUGUGGUGAGGUGGAUCUGCAUUACCAACGGCAGCCAGGGUUAUCUCAGUGGUAUGCAGUGCCAUACUGCCAGAGGGAGUUCAAUUUCAACAAGAUCAAUGCGGAGAUUCAUGCCACGGAGCUGCAGUAUUCUCAACAAGCCUGUUCACAACUGCUGGAUGUCUGUGACAACGGCGCAGAAAUCUCACAGGCUCCUUUGAAUGUGUAUGCUAUAAAGGAGUUAUCCGAUCUUCCCGUCAACGUGACAGAAGUCAUUGGUUCGAAGGUGUUGGAUAAGGUAUCAAAACUUCCUCUGAACACAACAAACAUUACUGACUUCUCUGAAAAGAACCUGAGCGAUCUUCACGAUCAGCUGUCUAAAAUCCCGGAGGGAAUGGAAAUUCUGAAAGAGCUGAACCUCCUUGAUAAGGUUGACCUCUCUGGUGGCGUUCCGAAAUUUCGUGGCGAUUUGUCAAAAGAAUUACAGAAGAUUAUUCGCCCUCUGAUCUGUGGCAUGGAUAUCGUGAGCGCCGAUCAGUGCACUAACUUUGGCACCGUGGCAGCCGUGCUGUUGACAACGAAGGUUAAAUCAUUUGCGAAGGCGUGUCCGAAUCCAGCAUCCACAUGCAGCCUUCCAGAGUGUGCUGUGAACUGUACAAACAAUUUUGUGAAAUCAAAAGCAGCUGAAAUCGUGCACAAAGCCCAUGUUGCCCAGAAUAUCAGCAUUGCAUUGUCGUACGCAAGACCUCUGCUUGACUGCAACUUCGUGUUGGAUACGGCGGCCAGCGCCCUGGCGAGGUGCCCCGACUUGCGGGAUGGUUCGCUCAUGCUCGGUGUGGGGUUCUUCGUUGGCGGGCUGACGUGCGCCCUGGCUAUAUACAUAGCCUUCCGCGGCGCGUGCAUAUGGAGCCGUCCCCCGUUGAAGCGGCAGCGAAGCCUAACAAGCAAGGAAAACUAA